AUUCAUUUAAAUCUUCCUCGGUUAUUCUAUUUAUAAGGCAAUUUAUUCUUUAUUAUAAGUUAAAGUUUUAUAUUAAAUUUCCAGAAUUUUCUGUCGGUUCAAAUUUCGUGUCAUGUUUUAAAAGUUGUUGAUCUUACUAUUAAUUUAUUGUCCUUCCAUUUAAAAAAACGUUAUAUUUUAAAGGAGAAUUUUAUUUUAUAAACAUUUCAACAAUACCAUUGACCAUGUUUGAAAGAUUCCUAGGAAUCUAAAAAAUUACAUAAAAUCACAUUUGAUAUACUUUAAAGAUGUUCGAUAGACCUAUCAACUUCUAUUACAGAUAUAUCAACCUUCCGUACACCAGGAAGUCAUUUCCAAUUGGGUUGAAAUUUAUAUACUACUGUGUCUUCCUAACUGAUCUAAUCCAAGCAAUUAUAUUUCCUACAUUGUCAGACCUAUGUUUAUACGCGGUGUUUUCAGAUAACGUCUUCGUUAGCAAUAUCUGCGCUCUACACCAUCUGGGAGCAGCUCUGGGAGGACUUUACUGGUUUCUAAUAUCGUAUCUAAACUUGACAAAUGUUAUGUAUAAUACUCCCCUUUUUUCAUCUCUCAUCACAUACCUUCAAUUAGUAAUAUAUUCAAAGUACUACACAAAUAAGAACAGAAUGUUCCAUGUUGUCUGGCACGUGACAUAUUACACUAUUUAUUCCUCGCUGAAUGUCUCACUUACAAAUCUGAUAGUUUUGGCGAUUAAUUCAGCGGAUAAAGGUGGAUUCAUAGUUCAUUACAAUGUCUUGGCUAAAAUCGGCCAUGUCGCAGGCCCUUUGCUGAACAUUUUAAUCACAUUUCUACCUCCUAUUAAACGGAGGUUCUUUUAUUUCAACGCUUUAAAGUUCCAAAACCCCGAAUACGUUUACUUGGCAAUUUCCAUCUUUUGCCUCCUGAGAAUUUACACAGCAUUUGAGCUAAAAAAUGCUAAAAGACCUAAGGAAAUUACUAAUGGAACUAAGGAGGAUUAUUUGGACCGGAAUUCAGGAACGUAUUUCAGAGAAGAUAUAUCAAACUAUUCAUCUGGAAGAUAUUCCUACCUGCCCUGGAUUGUUCUUUCAAUGAAUAUGUUAACGACUCUCGGUUCAGGACUGUCAAUAAGUCUAAUGUCAAUGUACAUGAUACAGCAUUUCAAUAUUGAUUUCAUUCACUUGUGGAUAAGUUCACUGUCGAUACCAAUUUUCACAACAAUCAUUCUCUUCAUUUUGAACAGUUAUCAAAAAAGGCACGGGAAACUGAUUACAAUAUUCAUAUCAAAAGCUAUCGCAUUAGUAUUAUUGUACUAUUUUGUUCAUUGUAAUAAGGUUCCAAUCAUAAUAGCGGUAUACAUCUUGAGGGCAUCAUUUCAAAACGCUCCUGGACCUCUUAAAACGUCAAUAGUGUUACAAUGCAGCAACUUAAAGUCUGCAAGCUACUGGUUAUCGUCAGAGUACUUGAUGAGGAUUAUAAUGGCUGGAACCACAGUCUUAGGAGGUCACAUUUUAGAUGAAUAUGGGUUCAAGUGCUGCUUCCUGCUUACUGCGAUGUUUUACCUGGGUUCUGUGCUCUUGGCUGUUCCAGCAAUAUUCCUGUUUCCAGGAGUCUGAUUUAAAUUAACUGUUUUAUACUCCUGAGAUUCUCCUUAGUGGUGUUGCAGGAUUCCAUAUCUAUUUUCAGUAGAAUUAAGUGUAUUAAGAAUAUUUUCCAGUUUUAAUCGCAGU